AUGGAGGAUUCUGAUUGCUCUCUUUCUAUCUCCACCCUCAUCUGCCAUGAAGACCAAGCUUUCUCUAUUGAUGAUGAUGAGAUACAAAAGAAUGAACUGCCUCACCUUCCUUAUAACUCCUUUCAUUUAGACACAGACGACGACUACAUAGAGACUCUAAUAUCCAAAGAAAUUAAUACCGAAAGCACAAAUAUUGAGUUCCUUCUUCACUGCGACUGGCUUCGCUGUGAAGCAAUACAAUGGAUUCUAAGAAUGAAAGAAUGCUUUGGCUUCAGCCCUCAAACUGUCUACCAGGCUGUAAGUUAUUUCGAUCGUUUCUUGAUGCGGCGAACCAUUGAUGAUGAGAAAUCUUGGGUGCUUCAGUUGUUAGCAUUAGCUUGUCUGUCACUAGCAGCAAAAAUGGAGGAAGUUACUACACCUGCAUUAAUGGAUUAUCAUACUGAACAAUGCUAUUUUGAUUCCAUUACUAUUCAAAGAAUGGAGCUCCUUGUCUUAAGCACAUUGGAGUGGCGCAUGAGCUCUGUGACUCCACUUUCUUAUAUUAAUUAUUUCGCUAAAAAGUUCUAUGGAAGAAACUUAUCAAGAGAGUUGCUCUCAAAAACCAUUGGUUUCAUAUUUUCAAUACUUAAAGAUAUCAACUUGGUGGAAUUUCGAGCAUCAGUGAUAGCUGCUGCUGCUGUUCUUGCUGCAAUUGAUCAGAAAUUAACAAUAAAAGCACUAGAAUCUAGGAUGAAAUCAGUCUCCUCUUCAGGGCUUGUGGAAACAGAACUUGUAUAUUCAUGCUACAAAUUGAUGACAUGGGAAUCAAAGAAGAGUUCCAUAUUGUCAAAUUCAAUGGAUUCCUCAGAGUUGUUUGAAUCAACCAUCGACAACUUUGUUGAUGUCAGUGACUGUUCAUCACUUGCUGGCAAUAGCAAUAAGAGAAGAAGGUUUCAGAAGUCUCAAAUUGAUUAA